UGAAACUUCAGGCAUGGAGAUGGUGGUGAAGAAAUACCAGCAAAAGUUUAGGAAAAUUAGGGACGAAAUAAAUCGAUGGGAUGAGCUUCAAUCCCGUUUGCUUUCUCAGUUCAGAAACGCUUCUGCAAUAAUCGAAAGAUUGCCCGUACUGCAAGAGCCCAAAAAUUAUGGCCGGUUGACAUGUGUUAAUGGCAUCAGGGAGGCAAUUUUGGGGAAGCAGAUGGACUCUCUACACACCAUUUUGAUUUCUAUGAAGAAAACAUGUGAAGAGUUUCAUGGUAUCGUUAUGUCUCUUGAAAAGAUUCUUCGGGAUGGUAGACAACAGGUGAAAGGGGGUUCAAUGUCACCUGGCAUGAACCAAAUGCAAUUGCGAAUUGGGAUACGGCCAAGUCUAGCAGAUUGUUUGGAGGGGCUUAGACUUAUGCAUGAGAUAUAUCACUCAGAUGCGAGUGAUCUAGGGGCGCUCCAUCAACUGUUGGUUGAUCAACCUAAUAUUCCCAAAGAGGAAGUGAAGUUCAUUUUCGACAUCAUAUUUGCUGAAGAAAUCUGUUGAACUUUAUGCCAUGUCCAAUUCCUAGCCAGUUUGGGGUUUUUGACUGCUGGGAAUCUUGUUGAGGAAACAUACAAAAGCAUUCUGUUUGGUUUUAAUUGCUGAUCGGGCGCAUCAAUUGAAUUGAAGUCCGUCGUUCAGGAAACAUAUUGCAUG